UUCAAAAUGUAAUUUGCAGACAGAAAUGUAAUGGUUACAGAACUGUAGGAGAAGAGAUGAAUCUUUCGUGAUAUCAAUAAUUUCGCCGAGUACAAAAGAAAUGUCUCGGAGUAUUGAUGAUUUGGGCCUUCAACAGCCUUCCAUACCAACCGGAGGAUCGGAUGGUGUCGAUGGUUUGAUAGAUAUGUACAAUAACUCUACAGUUGAAGUGAAAAACUUGUUGGCAAACGAAUGCAAUAUUCUUUUUGAAUGUCGUUGCUGUGGCAAUAUCUUUCGGAGUAGUUUGAAUUAUUUAACGCACAAACGUGUCUAUUGCCGUACAUUACGUUCAACUGUUGCAGCAGCAUUCAGUGCUGUGGCUCUAGAUUUUGCGGAAAAAGCCCUUGCAGAAAUUCGAAACGGCGAUCAAAGUAAAAAGGAAGGAGCAUCACCACAGCAGCAAAACAGAGGAGAGGCAGGGACAUCGUCCGGCACGAAAACCGAUUCACAGCCGCCAAAACGUGCCAAAGGCAUUCUCAAGCGGACAAAUCUUAUCAACGUUGUCAACAAACGGAUGAAACAUUACGCAUUAUCACUACCCAAUUCGGAACAUAAAUUGGAAUUGCAUACACUUCCUCGUGUAUCACGUGAUGUGGCAGCAACAACAUUCGUAGAAGGACAACAGGUCAUGGAAUCAAUCCCACAUGCGCUGGUAACAACAGACACAAUACCACCGGAUCGGGUUCCAGUUCUUAUUCCGCAGGACAAUUCAAGUCGUUAUCGCGAAAUGAAUCUUCGUAAUCGUAAAGGUGAUAGCUCAAAAAAUGGUGUCGCUCGAAAAGUUGGAACUGAAGAACUUAAAAUUUUGGAACGUAUGGGCAAAUACCAAACAAUGAUGGUUGAUCUGAGCUUGCUUACUUGUUCACACAGUGAUUGCAAAGAAAAGCAACCAUUUUCAUCACUCUUCACGUUUGCAUAUCAUCUCACUGUAAAACAUAAUCGCCGUGCUACAUCAAACAAACGAAUCCCAUGUUAUUUGUGUGAUUUUGAAUCUGAGACAUAUACUACGUUGAUCGAACAUUUGAAAAAUGCUCACGAACAGUUUUAUCAGGAGCAUGUUACAGCCCGUUCGACAUCCGAGGAGCUUAAACGAGGCCGGAAAGGAAAGCAGUCAAAAGCUGUAUUAAUGAGGGGGCGAAGCUUGAGUCCAUUAUCCGAUGAUUUUCUUGAGACGGAAGAGUCGUCUGAUGGAUCAGAGGAGAUUGGAUAUGACUCAGCUCCCGUGCUUGAACCGAUGGCAAAUAUGGAAGCUGGAAAUAUUGAACUGGCAGUAAAGGAUCGUAUGGAUUACAUCAUUGCAGCUGUGUGUGGUGAGGUCGAAAAGGCUCCGGUAUUGGAGGAUAGUAAAUAUGAGUUGAACACACAGUUUUUUCUUAAUGAAUCUUCUUCGAGGCCACAAGUACGACCGAAAGGACGUCCACGACUUAGUCACGGAAAGACAGGACAGUUUGCAAAAAUUAGUCCAUCAAUUUCGAAGAAGAAAAAGCAUGGCCCACCGAUAUGGCUUCGUACAGCGCGUAAACGCAUGGAAAAUUUACCAAAAGAUCAAGAAGCUGGUCCUAGCAAGAUCUCGCAAGAAAGUGAUGAAGAAGGAAAGCACGAAACUGAAUUGCCGAAGAAACGUGGUAGGGGACGUAAACCGAAACCAAAAGCUGGACAGGCACCGAAGAAUGAUAUUGAGAAAGAUGAACUGAGUGGAAAUAGCGACGAAGCUGAAGAUGGUCGUAAACAGCGUCCUUCACGUCAACGUCGUAAACCAAAUUGGAUUGAUGAGAACUAUGUUACUGGUUUUAAAAACAAACGUGCCCGUCGCGAAGAUGAUGAUAUAGAUUCGGAAUGUGCGCAACCAAAAGGACAAAGUCGACCAUCAUCAAGGACUGGACAGAGUCGAUCGCCAUCGAGGACUGAAUCAAAAUGUGCUAAAAGUGGAGAUAGUCAACGUUCAUCACCCAUUGAACCUUGUAAUACCAUUCCUGGUAUUCAGUCGGAGCCAAGCAGCGAAGAAACAUCAAACUCAUCAACUCCUGCACCACAUGAAAGCACAUACAAUGUUGUGACUGGUAACCACGAACUGGAUGGUAGUGCAGCACGAUCGCCAAUUGCUUUAUCCUCAGCUGGGCCGUCUUCAACUGGUGCAGAAAGUACCAGAGAUAUAAUGGUAAUGCUUUCGUGA